UCCACGUAGUGUCAAUUGAGAACCGCUGUCAUCAGCGUGUAGGGGCGUCGUUGCUCUGCGUGCAAUGUGUAUCGUGUAGGCGUUGGCGAAGGAGGAGACGAGUCGGGUAUGUCUCCGUGAAAAAGAGAGAAGAAAGAAGGGGAGAAGGGAAAAAAAAGCGGAAUAUACUUUAAACGAUACAAAAGCUUUCGGUGCGCUUCCGUCGUUUAACUUUACGAUUGUCGCACGUGUGCGUGGCCGACCCCAAAAUAUCACAUCGUAUUCUAAGGUUCGAUCGAGGACGUGGGCCGUGCCAGCGCGUAACGCGUUCAUUUGGUCCCGAUGAUUCGAGAGAACGAGUAGUAGUAGUAAAGUAGUCAAGAAGUAGUAAUAGUAAUAAUAAUAAUAAUAGUAGAUAGUAGUAGUCAUCUUUUCAAAGACGGUGGGAACAAAAUAAAAGAGAAAGAUAAUAAAAAGAGAAAGGAGAAUAAGAAUAAGAAUAAUAAGAAGAAGAGUGUCUGUCGUUUUGCUUUUCUAUCUUUGUUUUACUAAAAGCCGCACGUACAGUGCGUACGGUGUCGCGAGAGUCGAAGACUCGACGACUUUCGGAGGGCCGAAGGGCCUGAUUGGGAUCGUGUGUCACACGAUCGGAAGGUACAGUAAGAGAAACAGGAGGAGGAAGAGGAGAAGGUGGUGGUGGUAGUGGUGGCGGUAGUGGUGGCGGUGAUUGAAUAGGAGAAGGAGAGAAGGAAGGACGCAGAAACGUAAAAAGAAAAAGAAGAAGAAAAAGAAAAAAAAAGGAAGAAGGACGCGUUAAGUUGACGUCGAUCGGCAUGAUCGGUACGUCUCCAUGGACGAUGGGCCAUUGAGCUAUUCGGUGGGCGGCUGUACGUUGAACCUUCAAAGGGAACACGCGUCAAAGAGAAGGCGUCUGUCGAAGAGAGACGGAGUUUCAUAUCCUUGAUCACUUUAGAGACGAAUAAGAGAACUCAAAAGAUAGAAUAAAGUCCGCACACGUCGUGUUCGGGAGAUGUACGGAAUCUCGAGAGGAACUUGUGGCGAGGGUGGGUACAAUUCUAAUCGACACCAUCAUCAUUAUCAGAGUUAUCAGAGAUUUUACGACGAAGCUAACGAAAGAUUCGAAAUUGUAUUAGUAAAAAUAAUUGGAGAAAAAUCAAGAGUAGUCAGAGCAAGAGGAAAAGUAAUAGCAAGAGCAACAGCAGCAACAAUAACGACGGCAAAAGCAAGAAUAACGCGCCGGUGGCAGUGACUGUCGGCGGUAAUUCAGAGGGAGUCGCAGGGGGUGGUGGAAAGAGAGAAAGAUUGAGAGAGAGAGAGAGAGAGAGAGAGAGAGAAAGGUAGAGGGGAGUAGAAGCGUGUUUUUCCGAGAUUCGUCGUUGAAAAAGAACGAGGGUCAGUUCCGGCCCAUUCGGUUGGCCGUGCGCGUCUUUUCUAUUGGUGCAGUCGGGUGUGUGUAUCGUAUAUGCGUGCGUAUAAGUAAGCAAAAAGUACCUAAGUGUUCUUUGCUGGCAAGAUCGUUGUGUGCGAGGUACGGUUAAACGGCCUUAUCUAAAAAGAAGAGUUAAGAGAGAGAGAGAGAGAGAGAGAUUAAGAAGGAAAGAGGAAGCAAGACAGAGAUAUAUACACAAGCGCGUGCGCACGCGCGCGCACCCAACGAACCAACCCGAGGAACACAGUGCGUGCAUUUGAGUCACGCGCGCGCCUCUAUUAACUUCUUUUCGAAUACGGAUAGUGUGAAGAUUCGGUGACCGGUUCGUUGCGAGAGAGAAAAAAAAAGAUAAAAGUCAGAGAGGAAGAGAAAGAGAAAAUAUCUCGAAGCAGUGGCCGCGCCUCAUACGACUAUCAUCUCAACAUCGAGAGAAGAGUAUCGAGACGGUAAUCGUGACAGGAACGGUGGUGGUGUUGGCUACUACUACACAGCAACGUUAGUCUCUGGAAUGUAACAGGAAACUCCCGUCGUGUAGACAAUUUUGGAAAAGGGCUGCAUCAGUCAGGGUUGCGUCAGAGUUACCAUCGGACGCUCCUUACCAAGAGAUCAAAAUCAGCUGGUAUGUCAAAUAAUCAGCUGGUUGACUCCUGUCUGCUGGUGAAUCGCAGGAUUGAGCAGAGACAGGAGCACAACAUAACGCGCACUGAGAUAACGCAGAGACGAGUACUUCAGGACAAAGGUUCCGACAUGCCACAGUAUACCGGACAGAGUGACGCGGACUAUCAUGGAAGUAACGGACAAGCGGAUACACAUUCGUUACACUCAUCUCAUCUGUCUGUCCAAGAGGAUCCAUUGCUCAUCCGAACUCAUAAACAACAGACUUCGCAGCAAGUAACGACCGUGACGAAAGUAGUGCGCGAAGUUUCACACAUGGAACCAGAUCCAGGUGCAGUCAGUUACAUGUCGGUGCCAUUGAUGUCGCAAGACUAUCAACAUGCUGAUCCGAGAUAUCCGGCGGAUCCAUACAUGGUCAGUUUUGACCAUUACGAUCCAUACCUCGGGUAUCCUCCGCAACCUGGUUACCCAGGUCCUCAUGGAAUUUACAUGCCACGAUCGCAUUCACCACACAGCCCGCAUAGUCCGUCAGAACACAGUCGUGCAUCACCACCGCAUGAAUAUUUGCGUAAAGCAGCACCAUUCGUCGAAGGUGGUUACAACGACAUUGACCCAGGUCUUAAUCCGGCUUUACAAGAUCAUUAUCGCAUUACUCCAAGCCCAGGCGGUCCCGGAGAUCAAUAUGAUGAGAAUAAAGUGGCCUAUGGUUACGUAUCUCCAUCCCCAUAUGGGCCAGUGGGAUACGGUCCUGGUGUUGGGGUAGGUCCAGUGGCAGUUCCUAACGAUGUACCCGGAUACGACGAAGGUCAUCCGAUCCCAUUGUCGUCUGGUGUACCACCAGGGAUAUUUGAGGAUGAGGUACACCUUCAACGGUUACAAUCCGGUCAUCCGGUGGUACCGGGUAUGACAUCGCCCUUGGACGAUGAUCAAAAAUCAAUGAGAUGGAGAGAUCCUAACUUAUCGGAAGUUAUCAGUUUUCUUAGCAGUCCAAAUAACAUUAUCAAAGCUAAUGCAGCUGCCUACUUGCAACAUCUUUGUUAUAUGGACGAUCCAAAUAAACAGAAAACACGUAGUCUAGGAGGCAUUCCACCCUUAGUGCAAUUAUUGGAUCAUGACGAUCCCGAUAUCUAUAGAAACGCAUGUGGGGCGUUACGAAACUUGUCUUAUGGGAGACAAAACGACGAGAACAAACGUGCGAUAAAGAACGCUGGUGGUGUACCCGCUCUAAUUCAUUUGUUGCGUAUGACGCUUGAUGCCGACAUCAAGGAGCUUGUAACCGGAGUACUGUGGAAUUUGUCUUCUUGCGAAGAUUUGAAACGAUCGAUCAUCGACGACGGAGUGACGAUGGUAGUGAAGAACAUAAUAAUACCUCAUAGCGGCUGGGAUCCAAGUUCUUCAAACGGGGAGACAUGUUGGUCAACAGUAUUUCGUAAUGCAUCGGGUGUUUUAAGAAACGUCUCUAGUGCUGGAGAAUACGCGAGAAAAAAAUUAAGGGAAUGUGACGGACUGGUGGAUGCUCUCUUAUAUGUAGUGCGUUCCGCGAUUGAUAAGUCGAACAUUGGGAAUAAGAUAGUGGAAAAUUGCGUAUGCAUCUUAAGAAAUUUAAGUUAUCGGUGUCAAGAAGUUGAGGACCCCAAUUACGACAAACAUCCGAUACAGUCGGCGGUGCAGAACAGAGUUGCGGCACCAGUGAAAGGUGAAAAUUUGGGUUGCUUUGGUGGUAGUAAAAAGAAGAAGGACGGUCAACCGGUUCAAAAAGAGAAUGCAACGUCACGCACGAUGAGUCCAAGAACGGAUCCGGUCAGAGGGAUGGAAUUACUCUGGCAACCGGAAGUCGUUCAGUCUUAUUUAAGCCUUUUACAGACAUGCUCUAAUCCGGAAACAUUAGAAGCUGCGGCAGGAGCAUUGCAAAAUCUUGCAGCUUGUUACUGGCAACCGAGUAUUGAAAUUCGGGCAGCUGUUCGUAAGGACAAGGGCCUUCCUAUUUUAGUCGAAUUGUUAAGAAUGGAGGUGGAUAGAGUGGUUUGCGCAGUAGCAACUGCUCUGAGAAAUCUCGCGAUAGAUCAGCGUAAUAAGGAGCUAAUUGGUAAAUAUGCGAUGAGAGAUCUCAUACAGAAGUUACCCUCGGGGAAUAAUCAGCACGAUCAGGGGACGAGCGACGAUACGAUAGCAGCGGUGCUUGCAACUCUGAACGAAGUUAUCAAGAAGAAUGCCGAAUUUUCACGAUCUUUAUUGGACGCCGGAGGUGUCGACAGGCUUAUGAACAUAACGCGACAACGUCAAAAAUAUACCCCUCGUGUUCUUAAGUUCGCAGGACAAGUUCUUUUCACGAUGUGGCAACAUCAGGAAUUACGUGACGUUUAUAAGAAACACGGCUGGAAGGAACAGGACUUUGUAACGAAAACUGUCGCUGCUAGAAAUUCCGGACCUAAUUCGCCAAAUAAUGCUAACAGCACAUUGAAUCGACCAAUGGCGAGCCAAGGAAGUACGAGAUACGAAGAUAGAACUAUUCAAAGAGCUAAUAUUAAUUCAAAUAACGUUGGACGACCUACAAUUUACCAAUCUCAGCCGAAACCCGGUGAGCCGCUCUACGCGCAAGUUAACUUGGAGAAGAAAAAGAAGCGGCAAUACGAGCUGGGGGUGGGCCAGGGAGGUGGUGGUGGUGGAGGAGGUGGUGGCGGUGGCGUAGGUGGUGGCGGUGGCGUAGGUGGUGGCGUUGUCGGUAGUGGGGGUGGUGGUGGUGGUGUUGGUGUUGUCGGUGGUCAAAAUCAGGGACCAGUCGGUACGGUAUCGAGCGUAACUGGUGGAACUGGCGGUGCGCCAGGUACCACUCAGUGGAUGCCUGAUGGCGUUUCCAUCGGUGUACAAGAUGGGACACCAGCAAAUGCAACCGUUAGCAUACCACCGAGUUCAAAUGCAGCUUCGGCUGGUGAUUCUUGGGUAUAAAGAAAUAAGUUGCUGUUGCUGCCGCAAUUUUACGAAAUAUGUCGAUUCGAUUCAUCGAACGGAUUGGGUCAUAUCGGCAUUCAAACUUUUUCACACGUGUUAAACGACUAUGACGAUGACUAUGAUAAGUUCUUCUUCCUCAACUAUUUCGUCCUCGUCGUUAUCUUCAUCAUUAUCAUCGUCAUCGUCAUCAUCAUCAUCAUCAUCAUCAUCAUCAUCAUCAUCAUCAUCAUCAUCAUCA